UAGUGGCUGGCAAAUACUUGCUAUCAUUGUGUUAAUAAACCAAAUAAUUACACAAGCGACGCCGCUUUCAUCGAACCUUCCACGUCAACAAAAAGUGAAACGUUCCGAAAUAUUGUAUAUUAUAGCAUGUUCAAAAAAACGAUAACAUUUUGCGCCUUGCUUGCUGUACUCGGCGUUUGUGUCUCCGAGGAUGAGACACGUGCUCGGCUGCUGGUCUCAAAGCAGAUCCUUAACAAAUAUCUCGUCGAGAAGAGCGAUCUGUUAGUACGGUACACAAUUUUUAAUGUGGGCAAUGGGGCUGCUACAAAUGUCCAAUUAGUGGACAACGGCUUCCAUCCCGAUGCCUUUGAGGUGGUCGGGGGCCAACCAUCAGCUAAUGUGGAACGCAUUGCACCGCAAACAAAUUUUACUCAUGUCCUGGUAGUGCGUCCCAAGGCUUUUGGCUAUUUCAACUUCACAGCAGCGGAGGUUUCCUACAAGCCCAUUGAGGAGGCUGAGACGCUCCAAUUGGCAAUUAGCUCAGAACCUGGAGAGGGUGGUAUUGUAAAUCUGAAUGAGUACAACAAACGCUUCUCUUCCCAUUUCUUUGAUUGGGUGGCCUUUGCCAUUAUGACGCUGCCUUCUUUGGCCAUUCCACUCAUCUUGUGGCACUCUUCCAAAACUAAAUAUGAGCGCCAUGGAAAGAACAAAAAGCAUUAAGCAUCAACCAA